UGUGUUAUGAAGGAUGAGCCUUCAUCUCAGAGACCCAAAGAGAGAGAGAGAGAGAGCGAUAAAAGCUCCCAAUUUGGAUCUUCACGCAAACUCCUGAGGAUAUUGUUCUCCGUCUCUGCUUUUCGCUAUUUUAGAUCUGAAGAUUCUUCCAUGAAAAUUUAAAUAACAAAACUUUUGGGGGGUUCCAAUUUCCAAAUUCAGGUUCUGGGUUUGGUGUUCGAUCUGUGAUUCUUCCUCAAGAUUUUCCCCAUUUGGUGGAAAAAAGUAAAAAUAUUACAAGAAUAUAUAUUAUAUAUAGUCAUGUCUAAUAGAAGAGAGAGCUUGUGAACCUAGCAAGUGAGAAACUCCUAAUGGGGUCCCGCACACGAGCAAAUAAUUCUUCUUCUUCAUCUUCAUCUUCAUCAUCUUCGUCUUCUUCACAACCUAAUGACAUAUCUGUAUCAGGGCUCCAUGAAAGGCACCAACAGGAUCUAGAAAAUUUGACUUUAACAACGCAGCCCUUCAAAACAUUGAAGUUUUUUGUUUUGGCUGUAGCUUUGUAUAUUAAGCGCUCAAUACUAUAUAUAUUGGCAAAAGGUGGCUGGCUUAUGCUAAUAAGUACCGCAUUUUUGGCCCUUGGAAUUCUUCUUUUGACCAUUGAUGGCCCUCAUGAGAAGCAUGUUGAAGAGCUUAUGAAGUAUUUUCAUUUUGGAUUAUGGUGGAUGGCCCUUGGAGUAGCCUCUUCAAUUGGUCUGGGAUCUGGUUUGCACACUUUUGUCCUAUAUCUGGGUCCUCAUAUUGCGUUCUUCACUCUAAAAGCAAUGCAAUGUGGCCGGGUUGAUUUGAAAAGUGCUCCAUAUGAUACAAUACAGCUGAAAAGAGGUCCUUCAUGGCUUGACAAAGACUGCUCUGAGUUUGGGCCCCCAUUGUUUCAGUUAGUGCAUGGUUUGCGGGUUCCACUUAGCAGCAUAUUACCACAAGUCCAGAUCGAAGCCGUUUUAUGGGGUGUUGGGACUGCAAUUGGGGAGCUUCCCCCAUACUUUAUUUCGAGGGCAGCAAGCUUAUCGGGUGACAAAUUGGAUGCGAUGGGAGAAUUGGAUGACUCAAGUGAGGGUAGCGGCUUCAUAUCUACCCACCUAAAUCAAAUCAAGCGCUGGUUUCUGUCACACGCACAACAUUUGAACUUUUUCACAAUCUUGGUGCUUGCUUCGGUGCCAAAUCCCCUUUUUGACCUUGCUGGAAUUAUGUGUGGACAAUUUGGUAUUCCGUUUUGGAAAUUUUUUCUUGCAACAUUGUUUGGGAAGGCUAUUAUUAAAACCCAUAUACAGACAGUUUUCAUCAUCUCAGUUUGCAACAAUCAACUUCUAGACUGGAUAGAGAAUGAAUUGAUUUGGAUUCUCAGUUUCAUACCUGGUUUCGCUUCUGUGCUCCCCGACCUUGUUGCCAAACUAAAUGCGAUGAAAGAAAAGUAUCUCACAGCCUCUACUCCUGUGCCCUCAAACAUUAAGGUGAAAAAAUGGGAUUUCUCAUUUGCUUCGUUAUGGAACACCAUUGUGUGGCUCAUGCUUAUGAACUUCUUUGUCAAGAUUGUGAAUGCGACUGCACAAAGGUAUCUGAAAAAACAGCAGGACAAGGAGAUAGCUGCAUUGACAAAAAAAUCUUAGGGAAUCAACACAUUCAGAUGAAGUCUGGCCAUGUUCCUCGACGAUGGCAACCUUCAUUUAUAUAAAUAUUUCCAUAUGUUACUACAAGUAGAUGAAACAGAAAUUCCUAACGGCAGAUUAUAAUCUUUCUAAAGCCGUCAUUGAUCUGGCUCCAAAAUUACCAGGGGUCCUUGUUAGAAGUUUGUAUAGGUUCAGGAAUACAGUGAAGUGAACAGGAAAAAAAAAUUGCCAGUUCAUCCUGCGUUAUUAAGCAUUAUUUUGGGUAGAUUUUUACCCAUUGUCAACUAUUGCUGAAAAAUUUGGAAAAUUGGAAUCUAGAUAUUCUUUACAAUGCACGACGAGGUUUACUUAUUUAUUUUUA